AUGAAUGGUCCAUGGGGACAUCUGGGAGCCAGCGAGGUCUUCGGAAUGGAGAAGGGGCGUUGGAGGGGCUGCAACUUGGCCUGCACCGUCUGCAGGAAACUCCCUUUGGAUCGCAAGGUCAUAUUUCUACCCCUUUUCCGACAGCAUUGGCCUCAGAGCGGCCUGCGAAGAGGCACCAUGUUCCCUUCCUCUGUCUGGCCGCCGGCAGUUUUGGGGGGGGGGGGGUUCAAAGGGACGGUUAAAUGUCCAGGCUGGUACUUCAAGCGACCCACUAACGCAGAUUCUAUUCUGGGCACACGGAGGUCGCCCAGUCUUCAGCCCCCAGCUGGAGGAACCUCAGCUUUUCCCUCUAGGGAACAGAAGAAUGAGAAAAGGCCGUUGCACAACCCAGCCUCAAAGCCCAAAUUCCUGGCUCAAAGUCAGAAAAUGAGAUACAAGACUUCUUUGGUGAUGAGGAAACGAAUGCGGCUUUACCGAAACGCCCUGAAAGAGUCAAGUAGCAGCUCCGGACACCAUGGCCCCCAGCUCGCUGCCGCCUCCAGCCCCUCGGUGUUACCGGGCUUUCACGAGCAGCCUCCCCAGGUCUCCCCUAGCUGCACUUUGAACGGACUCCUGCGUCUGGGGCUCCCCGGAGACAUGUACGCACGGCCCGAACCCUUCCCGCCGGGACCUGUGGCCCGCAGCGACGCCCUGGCAGCUGCCGCAGCCCUGCACAACUACGGGGGCAUGAACCUGACCAUGAACCUCGCCGCACCCCACGGUCCCGGCGCCUUCUUCCGCUACAUGCGCCAGCCCAUCAAACAGGAGCUCAUCUGCAAGUGGCUGGCGGCCGACGGCCCCGCACCCCCGCGCCUCUGCUCCAAAACUUUCAGCAACAUGCACGAGCUGGUCACGCACGUCACCGUGGAGCACGUCGGAGGCCCUGAGCAGAGUAACCACAUCUGCUUCUGGGAGGAGUGUCCGCGCCAGGGCAAGCCCUUUAAAGCCAAAUACAAACUUGUAAAUCACAUCCGCGUGCACACGGGCGAGAAGCCCUUCCCUUGUCCUUUCCCGGGGUGUGGGAAAGUCUUUGCUAGAUCAGAAAAUCUCAAAAUACACAAAAGAACUCACACAGGGGAGAAGCCGUUCAGGUGCGAGUUCGAGGGCUGCGAGCGGCGCUUCGCCAACAGCAGCGACCGCAAGAAGCACUCGCACGUGCACACGAGUGACAAGCCCUACACGUGCAAAGUGCGCGGCUGCGACAAGUGCUACACGCACCCCAGCUCGCUGCGUAAGCACAUGAAGGUGCACGGGCGCUCGCCGCCGCCGCCCAGCUCUGGCUACGACUCGGCCACACCGUCUGCCCUCGUGUCGCCCUCGUCGGACUUCGGCCGCGAGCCCCCGGUGGCCUCCUCGGCGGCGGUGGCGGCGCGUAGCGCCGACCUGAGCGAAUGGUACGUGUGUCAGGGCGCGGGCCCCGCCCCCGCUGCCCCCGCUGCGUCCCCAAGCCCCGCGCCGCCACCUGGCCCCGCCGCCGCCGCCGCCGCCGCCGCCUUCGGUACCAGGGUUGCUGCUGUGGUUGCUGCUUCCGCGUACCCUGACUGCCAGAAUGGGAAAUGUUUUCCUCGAGGCCUGGGCCGCCCCGACGGCCACCCCUACUCCGUUCCCAGCUCCCAGUCGGAGCCUCCUCGGAAGUUCCUGUGGCGGGAAGAUGUCCUCCGCGUUGCUCGCAAGGUAAUCUCGCCCUGCGCAGCUGAGCGCCCGCAUCUUGCGCCUGCGACAUCAAAGGGCCCGCGCACAAAGCAAUGUUUCUUCGCCACGGUGCAUCUUCAUGGUGGGGAUGAGAAGGGCCCCGGGCACCCCGGGCCAGGGCUCUUCCAGGCUCGUCGACGGAUCCCGCUGCCUCCCGCCCGCACGGCCGCCCCAGGAAACGUCUGCCAGAGGAAACGUCCGCGCCUCCAGCUGCGCCUUCGCACCCCGCCUGGGACCGCGCUGUGCCGCAGGGGCACCGGGGAGUCGCGGCCCAACGGUCCCCGAGAGCCGAGAGGAGAGAGUGAGGAGGGCCGCUGCCCUGCUUUAUCAGAUUUGUCCUUCACUCCCGCUGUCAUUCAGAUGUUUCUGCAGAAACAUCACCUGCUUCAGGGUCCUAGAGCAGUUGGGGGCUUCAGCUUCCAUUCUGGGGCCGACCGCACCUCUCCACCCCCUCCGCCCCUUAGGUCUGCUGACGAGAAGGCAGAGGUUUCCUCCCAGCAUCCUCUGCGAAAAAUACUUGAGCAGGAAGCUCCGAGACUAGGAUGGGCCAGGCCCAACUCGCUAAAUCCUUCUGAAAACCUGCCCCUUCACGGCCAGUUCCUCAGCCUAGAGAGUUGCAGUGAUUCUAGGACAGAGUCCAUCCGGAGGCCUUCCCGGAGGGAGGCGCUUUCUUCUCGAGCCCUGUCAUCAAGGUCCCAGAAGCCCUGGAGCCCUGAGUGCCCGGGUUUGGAGAGCCUCUCCGGCGGCAGAGGCAACAAGUCCUGGCCUCUAGCCCCGGGCGAGAGCCGCGCCGCUCCGCUGUUGAGCCAGGGGCUCGCCUCGCAGGAAUGA